UACUUCUUCAUCAUAAGCUUGUCGAUAGUUACCAGAGUUGACAUAAGUGUUUGAAAAACAAUUGGGAAGUUGUGCACGCCGUCAAGAGAUUGAGUAUGGGUGUUCCAAAAAGUAAUGAGCUUCCAGCUCCAAUUCCAAUAAAAAGACAAAACUCUUCUCAGAGAUCGGUGUUUAGUCUGUCGUAUGAUAAGGAGAACACUGAAGAGGAAAGUUACCGUUCAUUGACACCGCAAACUCAUCAACGAGUGCAAAGAAGAAGACCUUCUUAUAGCACGAUUGAAUCUAGUCGAGAAACUCAUUACAAUUUAGAUUACCCUGAUAAUCUUGAUGAAAUUGAAAAAGUUCAAUUGGAUCCCAAGUCGAGAUUCUUUGCUAGAUCAAGACCUAGAACUUUGAAUUUACCUAGAUUACUCCCUUAUAAAACUGAGCUGCCAACUGAUCGAGCAAAAUUCUUAAGUCAUAUUGUAUCUCAUUUAUAUAUUGCAAUAAAGUCUUUGGAUAUUCAAGGAUCUUUAUCAAUUACCGCAAAGGACUUGGCGUCUUUAAAAGACGUUAGUGGACUUUCAGAUAUAGAUCUAGUCUUGGAAACUAAUUUAUUCGAAACUGGGUCUAGUAAAGCCUCAAAUAAUACCGAUGAUGAUGAAGCAAGUAAUUAUUUUUCGGUGGAAGAUAUGGCCGAUUCAGACAGUGAAUUUGAAGGUGAUGAAGAUGAUGAAAUUGAUGCAGAAGGUGACGAAGAUGAUACAAGUGAUUCUGCAGUUCAACAUAAAAAACCUCCUAAAUCAGCUGCGGUAGUUAGUGUACGUAUCUGGACUCAUGAAUUGCUUGUUUGGCUCAAAAUGAAAUAUGAUAUGCCCCUUUCUUUAAGAAUAAGCCUCGCUAAAGUUUAUUAUGCAUUAUGUUUAUGCAGAGGUCAACUUAUCAACUUGAAAAUAUAUGUGAAAACUUUUGAAAUCUUAACGAAAGAUACAGAAUUAUUAAGAGAUCAUGGUUUAAUCUUACCGUGGGAAGAUUUAUAUAAUGAAUUAAAUAAUCAUUUCCCAUCCAUCGAUAGCUCUCUAGAUGCAUUUGAAAAGAAAGAACAUCGCCAACUAUUAAAAUUGGCUGAAAGAGCCUCCUCUUUUUACCCGGCAGAGGCCUUACCUGCCAUUUUUGCAAAAUUGGGUAGUAAGUUUUCAAUAUUUAGUGCUUUAUUGGUUCUUUCUUCAAUGUCAAUGCUUCCAUUAACUUUUGUUCCUGAAGGUUCCUCUAGUAAAUAUGACAUCCGUCAUUAUAUUCCUUCCUUCUUUUAUAUCUGGAAUAAAUUGAGCAAGAGCUCGGGUAUAGACUCUCAUCUAACGUCAAGAAUUGGUACCAUUGCCAUGUCUUCUCUUGUUGAAUUAACCAAGCCUAAUGUUCAAUCCUAUUUGCAUCUUGGUAAAUCAGGGGUUUUCUCCGAUGAUCAAAUGGAAUAUCUCAUCCAAGUUUUAAUCAAUAGUCUAAGUAUAAGACCAGAGAAAUUCGGUUCCAUGAAGGCGAAGUUUUUCCAUGGUUUUGCAUCAGCAAUUGUAUUCUCCAUGAAUGGUGAUACUUGUCUUGAAGAAGGAGGGGCAGUUUGUCAUUUAAAAAAUUUGCUUAAUGCAAUUGAAAGUUAUGUUCAUCCUUCGAAUAGUGGUGAGUGGACUCGCCCCAUUUCUAAAUUGGUUUUGAGCUUGAUUUAUCAAUUUCAUAAACGUUUUAACCUUGAACGUGAAAAAAAUGGUUUAUUGAAUAACCUUCCUCCACAUUAUGCGUUGACAGAUAAGGUAGUUGAUACUUUUGUUCAAAUUUUCUUACCUUUAGUUAAAACCGGUAUCCAUUCUAAGAAAGAAAGUGCUGCUGAUGAUUAUUUAUCUUGUGCUAAUUUAUUGGCAUAUCUUAGACCAGAAAAAGUAUUAGAAUAUUUAACUCCGGAUAUUUAUGAGUCGUUGGAAGGUGUUCUUUCUACUCAUAGAGUCGUGAUUGCCCUCAGAACUAUUGAGGAAUUAUCCCGUUUUUAUGCAUCUACCCCAGUUUACAGGGUUCAUCUUACUAGGAUUUUAUCUCUAGCAUUACCAGGUAUUGAUUCUAAUGACUUAGAGAAGACUAUACACACAUUGAAUACAAUAGCAUCUGUUGCAAACUUUGUUCCAUUUUACGAUCUUACAAAUGGUGAAGGUGAAGCUACAUUGGCAUUAGAAUUUACUCAAAAUCACCUUCAAUAUUUGCAGACUCAAUUAUUCGAAAAUUGUGAUGUUUCUGACGAGUUUGGUGAAGUCAAUUUCGAUAUAAACGAAGAAAUAGAAGUUAGUGCUUUGAAAUCAUCCUCAUCUGCUUUUCAACUGUUGAUGAAGACUUUCGCCCAAAAAAUAUUCAUUUUACUCGAAAAUAUCCCCGAUCCUUCUAAGAGUACAGGUAUUGAAAAAGAUUUAUGCAGUUCAUUACCAAAAUUCAUAUUUGUUAUAUUGGAAUCAUUGAGUGAUGAUAUAUUCAAGUCUUUUAGAAAAGAUUUUGUUGAAUUUAUUACUGAAAAUACCUAUUAUACAAUUUCAGAUGUCAUUGCUGAAAUAAUGGGUGGGAUGAUCAAGCGUGAUCCAGCUUACCUAAAAACUUUGGCUCCCAUACUUAUGGACAGAGUGCGAGAUGAAAUAACAGAAAAUGGGGCUGGGGUCUCUAGGACUGGUGUUGAUAUUGUUCCUCGAGAUCAACCUCUAUUCUGGAAUCUCACUAUUUUGAAUGAAUGUGUGGGAAAUGGAGGUGAGUAUGUUGUUUCUCUUGGAAAGGACUUAAAUGAAUUUUCGUUCUAUAUCAUGCAACAUGUAAAGGGACCGGCUGUAUUUUCUAGUUCUUACCUUUUGAAUCAAAUUUUACAAGCCACAACUAAGAUCAGGUUAUCCGAAAGCAGAUUAAUUGCGCCAGCCUACCAGGCUAAAUACGGUGUCGAUGAAAAAUGCUGGGGUGGGUUUCAAUUUGAUGAGUAUAGGUUCUCUGAAGAAUCAUUGACAUUUGGUUGGUUUAUCCCGACUGAAAGAGAGGUCAAAUUUGCUGCCGAGACUUUCAACGAUCAUGUUACAAAAUUAUUAAGUAACAUCCAGGUUAUAAUGAAAGAAUACUCGAGCGAAGGAAGUAAAGACACGCUUCAUCUCACAGAUGAAUUGAGAAUGAACCUUUUGUAUUUGAGUUAUGCCCUGAGUGGUAUAUCAUUCUUGUUGGAUCCAUCUUUUGAAGAAGAUAUUCCAAAGUUAAGUCAAAAUCAAUCUGAAUCCAUUCAACAGCGUCUUGCUUUAUUGAAACAAAUUAGAGGCAUGAAAACUUCUAAGAGCUCAAGCGAUGAUGAGUUACGCCACGAAAACUUGCAUGAGAAUUUACAAAGAAUAGUUGAGGACAUUGAAAAUAAUGAUUUGAUUGAAUAUAUGAUUGAUUUUGAUAAAUUAGAAGACUUCAAUACCUCCAUGAUCGAUGAAGAUGAAGAUAUGGACAAAGAUUCUAGUAAACAACAUCUCAAAGUUGACCAUAGCAGCUAUUCAAAAAAUCGAGAUAUAUUGGCGUUUAGCAAGUCGGGCUCCCCUGCCAACUCCAUUGAUCCAUCAGCUAGAGCUACUCCAUCAAUUGAGGGUGUUGAUAUGUCUUCAAUGGAUCCCGGCAUCACUUUUAGAGAAAGAAAGCUUUAUACCUCUCGUUAUUUUUUUGGUGAUGAUAUGGAAACAAAGAGAUCAAAUGAACUCUAUCUCAAGAUUCAUAAGACACGUCACUUGAUUGGUAAAAGCUUACAUUUAAUUGGUAAAUUCAUGAAUGCUCAUUUCAAAGAUGAUACUAAAAUCUUCAAGCACUACUUAUAUGCACUUAAUAUCUGGUUCUCCGAUGUAGGAAGGGAUCGUAUUCUUGAAAAUAGUCACGCUAAAAUUAGUUCAUUUUACGUUGAGACUAUCCAGCAUAUCAACAGAGUGCGUAAGCCUUAUACCAGAAUCCUGUUUGGAUCUAGAAUAGAAGGAUAUCAUCUGUUGAGAGUUGCAUUACAUUCCACUUCGAGAACCCAGACUGACUUGGAUAAAUUGUUACUUGAGGAUGUUGUGAAGUUGUCUUUUUCGACUUAUGCAACUAUUGCAUCGGCUGCAAGAAUUACUUUAGUGGAUGCAAUGAAAAGACUCAAUGGCUCAUAUAAUGUAAUUGCCAGGUUAUCUUUUAGGUACUUAAGCAAAGCUUUUGAAGAGGAUGACUUCAAGAAGAUUGAAAGUGGGUUGAACAUUUUUGCAUUGAGAAGAAUCAAACAUAAAAUACAGAAUGACUAUUUUAACCUCCAAAAGUAUGUUGAAUUACUUCAUCGUUGUUUAGCUAUUGAUAACCUUGAAGUCAAUGAGAUUGCCCAAAAACUUUUUAAAGGUGUUUACAGUACAAUUACUCCUCCAAGCAGUGUUUGUCUUAUUGAUUCAUCAGCAAUCGAUACUAUUAGACCACCUGAUGAAUUUAUUGAUUUGGAAAUUAAAGCAGUGAAAUUAGCUAAAGAACGAAAAAGAAAGCUUUAUCUUGAAAAGCUUAGCAAAUUGGAAGAAAGUGUUAUAAGCAAUGAAAAGCAUAAUGGCCAUUGGAAAACAACAUCGCUUAACUUAUUCUUAUUGAUCGAUAUGCAACUCGAUUACGAAAUUCCGAUUAAUAACGAUGUAUUCCAAAUUUUAGCCAAGGAAGCUUCCAAUGACCAUCCGCUUGUUUCAAGAUUGGCAUUGAAGGGUAUUCAUAAACUCGUCAAUAAACUUUAUGUCCUUCAGCUAUACAAUUACGAGCUCAAGAAUAUGUAUGAUUUUUCAUAUAUACCCAAAGAUUUCAAGAUUAUUAAAUGCUCUUCUGAAUCUAAUUUAUAUCUGAAGUUGUGGCAACAGGAAUUCAAGAAUUUAGACCACCCCGAUUUUUUUAUCGAUCAUAAGGCAAAUAAUGGGUGGUUAUUCUGGGAUGAAAAUAUGUUAGCGGUCACCCCGAAACCUUGCCAUGAAUUGGAUUUAACACCAAAUGAUUCUCACAUUUUGAAGGCUUUUGGUAAUUGUGUUAAUAGAGAAUGGUUCAUCAAUAUUGUCAAAUUAUGGAUUGCAGAUAAUGAGACCACAUCAGCAUUUCAGGGGACUGAUGUUUCUGUAACUGCGUCUAUUGUAUCCUUAAUUUCAAAUGGGUAUAUCGAGAACUUUACAUUCGAAGAGUUUUUGAAAGUGAUAGAAGAGAUUUAUGUUUCGGACGAUAAAGGUACUCAUAUCGUUGUUUGUGAAUUACUUGCUGGUGCCUUGAUUGCUUCGAAGACCGUUAGUCACGAGAUUUCCAUAAAAAGAGAUGCUUUUAUUGUUAAGUUGUUGACAAAAAUAUUUGAAGCAGAUUUAUCUCCAGAUAAUGCAGGUGUAUGGAGCAUAUUCUCAUGGUGGGUACCAUCUCAUAUCGAUUGGCGAAGAUUUCCUCAAGUUUUUAAUCUAGUAACUGGAUUCACUAUCAAUUCGGAUUCUGAUAGUGCAAUUAAAGAUGCCACAAGAUUAGGAUUCGCUGGAUCAUUCAUAUCGACAGUUACUUGGACAUAUUCAGAUCCUGAAAAAAUUUUAUCAAUGUGUCUUCAAAAUAUCAAUAAUAAAUACCAAGCAAUUAGAGAUCAGGUUGGGUCUCUAAUUGCUAUUACAUCUUUCACUUUUUUCCCUGAAUCUGUAUCAAAUGGAGAGACAUUUGCUAACAGUUGUUACCAAGAUGAUGGGAAAAUUUUGUAUGAGAACAAUAAGCAUAAUAUGUUAUUACAGCUGUUACCGGGGGUGUUCAAUAAUAUUGAAAAGUGGAGAUUGGAAGUUGAAAACUUAACUCCACAGGAGAUCUUAAAAUCAGAUUACAUAUACGCUGCUACCACCGUGUUAACAUUUUUGAGACAAUCAUUGAACACAAGUAUUGCAAUUUUAUAUCAAGACUAUGUUGAUACAUUAAUUAUUCCAUUUUUGCUUGGAUUGAUCAAUAUGAAGGAAGUUUGUCAACUAGGCAAUAUUGAUCCAAUAACUCCAUUUAAAAAAGUUUCCCAAAUUCCGUUUAACAAAGCAUCAUUAGAGAGAAUUGUCAGAAUGCUUGAAGGUAACGUAUCGAAAACCUUGAACGUUGUGCAAUUACUUAUAAUCGGAGAAUUCACCGAAACAAUUUAUUUUAAGAAUUUGUUCAGUCUCGACAAAAGCCAAAGACAAAGAAUAAUCAAAUUGACUGAUAAUUUAAUAUAUCAUAAGAAUGUACAAGUUAGGGAAUCUGAAGCAUCUACAUUGUCUGGACUUAUUCACACCUCUCCACCAGCUGAAGUAGAAGAAUUAGUCAAAAUUUUCACGAAAAAGUAUUCAAGUGAACUUGAUAAAUUAAGAAAGAAGUAUAAGAAAAAUGGGUUUAAAAAUAUUUCUACUGAAGAUAGCACUGUAUUACAUGGUGCCACUUUAGGAUUGGGUGCCUUGGUGCAUGCUUUCCCAUACAUGUCACCUCCUCCUCAAUGGGUUCCUAAAGUUUUAACCAUCAUUGCAAAUAAAUGUACUGGUAUUCCAGGAGUUGUUGGUAAAACUGCGAAAGAUACUCUAGGAAGAUUCAAGAAAACACGCCAGGAUACAUGGCACAUUGAUAGCCGAGUAUUCAGUGAAGAACAAUCUCAGGACUUAGAAGGGGUCUUGUGGAAAAGUUACAUUAUUUAGGAUUCUAUAUAUGUGUACUAUACUUAUCUGUAUAUAAUUGACGGAC